AUGGCGUUGAAGCGAAUCAACAAGGAGCUCGCAGACCUCGGUCGCGACCCCCCUUCAUCAUGCUCUGCUGGCCCCGUCGGUGAGGAUCUGGUAAGCAUCUACCCCGCCCCUCCCGAUAAGCGCCCGAUUUCGCCCCGGCUGAAGCGCCGGGCAGUCUUGGAGCCUCACGGGUCCGAAAGGAGGACAUCAUUACUGACUAUGCGAUGGCAGUUCCACUGGCAAGCGACUAUCAUGGGUCCUAGCGACUCACCAUACUCCGGCGGCGUCUUCUUCCUGGCUAUCCACUUCCCCACAGACUACCCCUUCAAGCCCCCGAAGGUCAACUUCACCACGCGCAUCUACCACCCCAACAUCAACUCGAACGGCAGCAUCUGCCUGGACAUUCUGCGAGACCAGUGGAGCCCUGCUCUGACCAUCUCAAAAGUCCUGCUGUCGAUCUGCUCCAUGCUGACCGACCCCAACCCCGACGACCCGCUCGUUCCCGAGAUUGCGCACGUGUACAAGACCGAUCGCGCCCGCUACGAGGCCACUGCCCGGGAGUGGACCCGGAAGUAUGCCAUCUAG